AUGACAAGGGAGGUAGUUGCAUGUAAGAAACGAUGGUAUAAGAGCAACAAGGCUGUUGCACAAUUUACUGGUUGCUACGAUCAAGCUAGUCGAAAGAUAAGGAGUGGUUCGAACGCUGAUGAUAUAAAGGAGUUGGCUUAUAAACUUUUUAUUCCACAAAUUAUGGUCAAAGAUUCACUUUUGAGAGGCAUUGGAACAUGCUUUGGUUGGAGCAAAAAUGGAGAAGCUAACUACCUACACAGAGUGGCGGCUCAAAGAGAACCAAGGUUAGUGCAACUGGAGCAUACUCAUCCUCAUCAAACCCAGAAAUACCGUUGGCUGACGAACCCGGUGUGGACUCUCCCGUUCGCCCACAAGGAUCAAAGAAGAGCAAACGAAAAGAAUGUUAGAGAAAGGAAACUAAUGGAUAGGGAAAAAGAAAGAGAAGAGGAGAAGGAACAUAGAGCAAAGAUUAUGGCAAUCAAAGAGAAGGAGUUACAAAUUCAAGCGGCAAUAAAAAAACAAGAAUUACAAACUCAGAGGUAUAUUAAAGAAAUGGAGAUAAAAGCAAAAGAAAGGGAGAUGAAAAGGAUGGCCAAGGAAAGGGAAAGGGAGAUGGAUAUGCAAAUACUUAAUGCUGACACGUCUACAAUGAGUGAAAAACGUCGAGCUCUUCAUGAGAUUGCAUGUGAGAAAAUAAUCGCCAAGUGGUUUACUUAA